AUGCUAUGUACUCCAUGUGUGCAGAAGUCUAUGGAAGAACAUAUCAGAGAAAAAACCGAACCACGUUGUUGUGCUGGUGUUUGUAAUUAUCAGUUGUCAAAAUAUGAUGUUUCAUGUUUACCGUUGAAACCGGAUAUGCUUACAAGUUUGUUAGCACUUGUUAUUACAAAACAACGUCCUCAAUGUCCUCGAUGUCUGUUUUAUAUCGAAUUUCAAACGAUGGAAACAUAUGAACAACAUGUGAAAUUUUGCAAUCCAAAUGAUAUGAUACCAUGCGAGUAUUGCCAUUGCUUAUACGAAAUUUAUCAAUUAGAUGAACACACAGCCUAUUGUCGUAAUAUUCCAGUACACGAACGGCGACAAGCAUUCAUAGAUUUCAUCGCAUCGAAGCUGAAAUAUCCUUUUACACCAGUACAAGUUCGUUAUUACAUCGAACUACAAAGACAGAAACGGCGAACAAUCGAUCCUCAUGAAAUUGUUGAUGCAUUAGCCCUAGUUGAACGUGGCAAUUAUUGGAGAGCUCGGGCGCAAGAAGAUGUUACCUAUCGUGCCCAAUUAGAAGAAUAUGAAAGACAAUUAGGAUCAAAUGUUAAGCGAAACGAAGAAUUGCGUCGUCGUUACGAAGAACUAAUGGCUGAUGAAGCAUUUAAAGCUCAAAAUUGUCGUCUUUGUCCGCAUUGUAAACGAGUUGUGCAACAUAUGGGAGGAUGCAGUAGUAUGGUAUGUGGGCGUAAUUAUCACGGAGGUGAUCAACAGUCAGGAUGUGGCAAAAGUUUCACAUGGGACGAUACUAAACCUUACAUACCAAGCAUCGAUACCGCACCAGACAAAAUUAAAAAUUCUUUACCACGUCCAGAAAAUAAGCACAGAAUCGUUCAUAAAGGCAUUAGGUAG